AUGUCCAAACGCAUCUCCUUCCAAGUCACUGGCAAAGUCCAAGGCGUCAACUUUCGCUCCUUCACAGUAGACAAAGCCCAAAGCCUCAAACUCACCGGCUACGUGCAGAACGCCAGCGACGGCACCGUGACCGGCGAGGCGCAGGGGGACCAGGGCUCGCUCGACAAGUUCGUGCAGCACUUGAACACGGGUCCCGGCGCGGCGGAUGUGAAUAAGGUGGAGCAGAAGGAGAUUGGCGCGAAGGAGGGGGAGAGCGGGUUUAGUCAGUGA